CCCAGGAUGCAGCGCGCGGGCGGGAGGUUUGGAGCGGAGGGACCCCGCGCCCGCGUAGGGAGUCGGGAAAGUGGCGGCUCUGGGACGCAGGGCCUCGCGCAGUGAGGUUUAAAAGCAUCAACUGGAAUCCAUUUGCAUUCGAAAAUUGGACCAACACAAAGACUUGAUAUUGUGGAAUGUCUAGCAAACAAGCCGUGUCAUCUAAGGAACAAGAAAUGCUUUUGUGUUAUAAUGGGGAAGUCCUUAUUUUUCAGCUGUCUGAGGGACAUUUUGCAGGUAAAGGGCCUGCAAAAACACCUGUAUUACAUGUCAGGAGAAUGGUGUUUGACAGAAGAACAAGAGCAUUUGUUCAGAAGUCCACUGGAUCCUUUAUGUUAAAGGAAGAAAACUCUGAUUUAAAAAUUAUGUGUUGCAACUGUGUGUCCGAUUUCAGAACUGGAAUUAAUCUCCCUUAUAUCAUGAUACAAUGCAAUAAAAACAAUAACAUCUUCACAUAUUUUCUUCUAUUUCUUCACAGUACCAAUAAAUUUGAAAAGCGUUUAAGCUUUAGACUAAGCCAUGAGUUGAAGGAUGGUGUAAGGGUCCUUAAUGGUCCAUUAGUUUUAUGGAGACAUGUCAAAACGUUCUACUCUAUCUCUUCCCAAACAGGCAAAGUUAUUACUGUGUCUCUUAAUUUUUCCUCUGUUGAGUGGGCAGGGGAGAUUGAAAAUCUAGGUAUGGUUUUAUUAGGACCGAAGACAUGUUUUUUAUCUGAAGAAGGAUCCACUCAAAAGCUUUCAAAAUCAGAUUAUGCAAUUUGGAAUACCAAAUUUUGUGUAUACUCCCUUGAAAAUGAAGAAGUAGUAAGUGAUGCAUACAUUAUCCCUCCUGCUUAUACAAGUGUAAUAACUUAUGUGCAUGUCUGUGCAACUGAGAUUGUCAACAAUCAGUUAAGAAUGUCUCUGAUUGCCCUUACUCGAAAGAAUCAGCUGAUUUUAUUUCAAAAUGGGACUCCUAAAAGCGUGUGCCAGCUUCCAUUUGGAGAUCCUUGUGCAGUUCAACUUAUGGAUUCAGGCAGAGGAGACUUUUUCAUCGUAUCCUUUAGGUCUGGUGAUGCUUGUGCCGUUUGGAAAAAGAACUUUCAGGUUGCUGCUAAGUGGGAAAAAAUUAGAUCAGUACUGAUAGAUGACUUUAUAGGAACUGGAAGUGAACAAGUACUGCUACUUUUUCAAGAGUCCUUGAAUUCAGAUUGCCUGAGUUCAUUUACAAUAACAGAUCUUGGCUACGUGAACUAUUCAAACAAAACAUUGGAUUGCAAUGAAGAUGAGUCAUUUGAAGACAAAGAACGGAAUCGUUAUAUGAUGGUUCCACCUCUGGAAAGAGGAUUGAAAGUUGGUUUCACUUGUAUUCAGGAAUUGCAGCAGCAUCUCUUGCUUAAGGAAAAAAUUAUUUCAAAAUCUUACAAAAGUUUAAUAAACCUGGUUCAAGGGAAAGAUGAUAGUACAUCAAGUGCAGAGAAGGCACAUCUUUUUACUCUUUGUGGUCAAGAAGAAAAUCCUGUCUGUACCUUUGAUGAAAAGAUACCAGACAAUUUUCAAGAUUCAGAACAGCUAGUAGAGAAGAUAUGGUAUCGUGUAAUAGAUGACAGCUUAGUUGUUGGAGUGAAUACCCCAUCUUUGAAGCUGUCCCUGAAUCAUGUGGCUUUAUCACUGUUAUUGGAUCAAGCUCAUAGCUUCAGCUGUCGGCUUAUUAAGUGUCAAAAUAGGGUGAUCAAGUUGAGUAGGGAUUUUUUCCCAGCACCAUGCUCACUGCCAUGUGAAACAGGAUCACAUGCAAAAAGGAUCAAGUUGACUGUUGACAGUGAGGAGGAAGAGGGAGAGGAAGAGGAAAAGGAAGAGGAAAGCUUUGUUUGUGAACAGUCACCUGAGAAAGAGUGUGUACAGGUCGUUACUGCUGUAACAUCUCUUUCACCACUUUUAGUGUUCGGUAGCUUUUGUUGUACUGUGCUGCUACAAAUUAGGGAGAGGGAAAACGGUAACUCUUCUGAAGCUCGUUAUAUUCAGUGUGGCAGACUUUUUUUAAGCCUAGAAGACCUUUCAAGUAGGCAAUACCUGCUGAUAUUUCCAAAGAAGAAACCUAUAGAACACAUGGAAGAUCUGUUUGCACUUCUCACAGCGUUUAAAAAAACUUGUUUUCAAAUCACAUCAUCCAACUAUUCUCUGACUUCAAUGAAGACGUGGCUCCAGGAAUACAUGAAAUGUGAAGAUAUCAAAGAAUUUCCAGAAAUUUGCUUUUGCAAGAUGCCAGGGAGUUUCUAUGGGACACUCUUCCAGUGGAAACAAAAAACACCAUUUGAAGGGAUUUUAAUCAUCUAUUCCAGGAAUCAAACAGUUUUGUUCCAGUGCCUUCAUAAUCUCAUCAGAGCUCUCCCUAUAAACUGUUUCUUCAAAAAUCUAAAAUUUGGAAGUGUCGAUUUCCUAAUUAAUCACUUGGCGUUAACUUUGGAGAAGGAAUUGGUUACCCAUCGUUCUCUUUCUUCUGCCUUAGUUAAGGUUGAAAACAACUUGGUGCAAAGUUGUGAAGCAAGCAAAGAAAAGAGUAGUGGUGUGGCGGCUUUAUCAGACAGAGAGGAAAACGUCCAUCCCUACAGAAAAGAACUACAGAGAGAAAAGAAGCGAACGUUGGGGACAGACCUAAAAGUGAGUGGUGCCCUUUAUAGAGAAAUGACUUUGAAGUUAGCUGAGGUUCAGCUGAGAUCAGACCUUGCUGCACAGAAACUGGCUGGUUUAUAAUUAUAGUCUUAAUAUGAUUAUAUUUUAAAAUAUGUUUUCUCUACCAGGACAUUUUGGUUCCAAAUUUGUUUUCAUUUUACAUUAUAUGCCUCCUCUGCAAAAAUAAAGAUUGAGGCCUGUAGAAUUGUAGGUACUGAUGCAAGAAAUAGCAUGCCUCAGUGCAGCAGUUCUCAACUGGGGCCAUUUUGCUUUCUUCUUUCCACUCCCCCUACCCAGGGGCAUUUGGCGGGAUCUGGAGACAUUUGUUUUGGGUCGUGAGAAGUAAUUGGGGGUGGGGAGGGUGAGGUUGGGGUGCUAUUCGCAUCUAGUAGUUGGAGACCAGGGAUGCUGCUAAAUAUUCUACUGGGCCCUGGGCAGCUCCCACAGCAAAGAAGGAUCCUACCCAAAAUGCCAGUAAUGCCAAGGUUGAGAAGUCCUGCCUUAGAGUUACCACUUGAGUGAAGGCAGAAGUGAUCUAACAAUACUUUGGUCUAAAUCUUCAAACAACUUAAAUAGUCCUUUUAUUGUGUCCUGUUUAGUAAAAACCUAGCAUAUAAAAAUUAGCUUCAAACAGAUAAACAAGGUUAGAAGGAUUCACAAGUUUCUGUAAACACCAAGCUCCUGUGGAAAUUGAAAUUGCAGAGUGGGUGAGACCGUUAAAAUGAAAAUCUUUGAACCCCUUGGUAACUUAAAUUUUGUUAGAGAGCUUCUCUGAAAUUGUGUAAGUCUAUAGGAAUAUGAAAGUUUUAGGGCAUUUCUCUGAAAAGCUUAUUUCUUUCAAAAAGCUAAGCAUACCACAUGGGCCGCUAUUUGAAAAAAAAUGAAAAUGCCUUUAAGCCAUUUGUAAUUUCAACUCUGGGCAAAGCUAAAAUAUAGAAUUCUAACUAAAAUAACUUAAAGAAUCUGAUGCUCCUUAGAGACUGAGAAAUUUAAAAAUAAGUGGAAAUUCACUUAACAGUUAAAAAGUGAUUGUUAAGAGGUCCAGUGAAAUAUUUCAAAGGGGUAAAAAUGUAACCUAUUCUUUUUUUUGAAAAAUAAGAAUGCUGGAGUGAUAAGAGGAUAUCAGUAGAGGGGAAGACACAAAAGGAUAGGUCCAAGAGGAAUGUUUCUGAUUAUUUUUGCUCUAAAAUCCUUAAGUGAGGUGGAAGUUUUGAUCUGAGUUGAAGAAACAGAUAAUUAUAGAAAGUGGCAUUUCAUGCUCACAGCUCUGAAGUGCUGAUUCCCGCCAUGCCUUCAAAAUGCUCAUACUUAAUGAUCUGGUGUUGCAGAUGGGGUUUAGGAAAUAUAGGUUAUUAUUUUCCUGUCUUGCUUUUUAUGAUUGUCUUUAUAAUAUGCUACCUCUUGUUUUAGUAGUCCAUUAUAGAUGGAGAUAGAACCUUAUAGCUCUAGUUCUUUGAAACGUCAAUAGAAAAGAUUUCAGACUUUCUGGAAAUGGUAUAAUUUCAGGAUUAAUUAUGGAGAUCUGGAAGCAGUAUGUGUCAGUAGGUACACUGAAACCACCUGUGACAUAUUCUGAAACAACAACCAUGUAUAAAAUAUAGGAACUAAAUUGAAAAAUGGAGGUUGUCAAAAAGUACACAAAACUUAAUUGUAAUAGCUUAUCUGUAGGAAAGUUAGGAUAACACGAAAAAGUAUGUUGCUGAUUUUUUAUCUAUAAAAGCAACCAAAAAGUAGUCAUCUAUAUACAGGAAAUAACCUCUUUGCAAGUGAGUUUUGUACUCCGGUAUAUUUUUCCUGUUUACUACCAACAAGAACAGCCAAAGUUUGAGGGAAUGUUGCCCUUGCCACUCUCUCGUGAUUCAGUAGUGUUUGCAUGUACCCGUAGGCGCAUUCCUCUGACCACUGUCCUCAUCGUGAUUCUGAGUUUCCCCUCAAAAACAUGCUUCUCCCAAAUCCACGCUGAAGUGAAAAUGAGUUGUUUUAGAACAAGAGCACAUCACAGUUUUCAGACACAAAACUUUCUGUUGUCCCCCUGAUCUCUUAACUAAGGAAUGCAUGCAAGCCAGCUUAGGUAUGACGUUAUUCUGUUCGGUGAGUAGGUCGAGGGUGGGGGAAGAAAUGUAACAUUUAUUAAUUUCAACUAUAUGCCAGACAGUAGUAAGCUUGAGACACACAUACACGCACAUGUCCAUACCCAUACAUACGUAUGGCUCCACCCGUACAGCAGCCCAUAAAGUGUAAUUACUAGUAUUGUCUCCAGUAUGAACAAAAUGUUAGACCAAAUUAAGGGGGUUCACGCAAGCAAGUUAAUGCUAUAUACCCUUGUUAUAAAGAUUUUCAAAAUGAGCAGAUCCUUUUAGAAUUCUAAAACUAUAUAAGUGAAUCUUUUAUUGUCCUGAUAACAUCUCUUUAUACUAUAUAUACUCAGUUUUCACAGAUUUAAAAGAGAUCUAAUGAACUUACUUCUCUUCCUGCUCUUUCUGAUAAAGGCAGAGUCAGCUGUCCAGAUUAGGAACCUAUGUGAUGCUUUCUCUCUUGCCUAAACCUUGGACAGUUCCAAAUAUUGAGAGGUAUCCUUUCUCUUCCUUAUAUUCAAACUUGCGGAACAUUAUUUUCCAUUCUAAGAAUUUGAGAGUGAAAACUAUUCCUUAGGUAACCCCAUCUGGACAAAGUUAGGCUUCUGCUUCCAGAGCCAGUAUGGUGUAACAGAAAGAAUGCUGAUCCAGAAACUGUAUUUAAUUGAAUCCUUUGGUUCGUUCUGUUUUCCCUUUUUGAGUUGCCUGGAUCUGUUACUUGAGUUGCUUUCUGCCUCAGCAAAAUAACCCUCUCCUAUAAAAUCCUGCCAUGUUGAAUAUCUUCACUGUGCCAUUGGUCCGGCCCCUUUCUGGGAUCUUCUUUCAAUAAUCCUGUCUUGCCUUUUUAUUGAGUAGGGUAACAGGCAUUAUCAGACAGUGAGUGGUCAUAAGGGCAGAAAGUCAGAAACCUACUCUGCCCUCACUGGCCCCAUUUUUUGUGCAUAAUCGAAACCAAUGUAAUGGUCCUGAGUUCAGCUAGGCAAAUUAUUUAGCAU